CACAUAGAAACCGAGCGAAAGUCGCGAAUACCCGCACAAAGUGAGUGCUGCACCGACGGCACUUCCCAGCAGACGAAAAUUGACUCGCGAAAGGAACCGGAAACAGACGUGCCGUCGCCGUCGUCAACAUCAACAGCAUAACACUGAAAAUGGCGGCCCCCGAGGAGCAGAGGCGGCAUGGGUGGCCGAAAAAGCGGAAAAGUUUCCUCCAGAAUGCCAAGGGCAUGGGGAGGAAGGGACAGUUCGGCCAUGGGAUGCAGAUGGACCAAGACACGUAUGAUUACUUUGUCCGCAUCUUGGAGCGUCUCAAUGGAGAGUUCGACAGUCCCGAGGAGAAAGAAAGCCUAGUGACAAAUGCCCUGGCCACGACGGAGGGAAACGAGUUGGAUUAUUGCCGUAAUCAGAUUGGGUCCAGAGUGAUAGAGGCCCUGAUCAAGUGUGCCCCGCCAUCUUCGCUGAUUCAGUACAUGGAAGUUUUCUCAUCCCAUUUGAGAAUUGCCGCAACGGACAGAUUUGCUGGGCAUGUUUUCGAGACUUUGAUAGCAACUGUGGCGAAAUUUGGACGAUCGAAUGGCGAAGACAAUUCUAGUGCAAUAGAAUCUGAUGAAGACCAAGCAAAACAGUUGACAGCAGAUGCUGCCAACAAAUGGGUGCUUAAAGUGGGAAAAUUUUUAUUGAACAAUUUGGAAGAAUUCAUAUGGGAUGAAUAUGCAAAUUAUCCUAUCCGAACUAUAUUGAUGAGCCUUGCGGGAUUGCCACCAAGUGAUUCCAACAGUAACAGCAACCGGAGCCAGAGCAGAAACGGCCCGAAAAAAUCUGUCCCGGCCAAUUUCUCGUCCUCACUAAUGAAAACUGAGGAUGAUGCUGAGGUGGUGGAAGAUGUGGUCCUGCCUGAUGGUUUUAAAGAAUUGUUGAAAGAAUAUUUCAAACACAUAUCCUCAAUGUCACAAUUUGAAGACUUGGCGUACAGUAAUGGCACAUCUGCCCUGUUGCAAACGCUUCUCAAAGCAUUGUCUAAAAAUAAUCCAAAAUUAAAGAAGCGGCUUCUGAAACAGCUUAUUGAUCAGGUCUUCAGUAAAAAGACAUUAGAGGAGAGCACAGAAGAUAAAAAGGAUUUUGAAUCUAGUACAGCAGCGGUCCCUCCUGUUUUUACGACUGAUGCUUCUGUUCGACUAUUGGAGUCAGCUUUAGAACAAGCUUCUUCCAAAUAUGUAACUCAAAUAUACGCCAACUGCUUUAUGGGCCGUAUUUUUGAUUUAGCCUGUGAUUUAGCAACUAAUUUUGCUGUUCAGAGACUCCUAGCGUGCAUGGGAGACCCAAGCGAGUUUGAAAAUAUUUUUGAUGAACUAGCCCCUGGCAUGAACAAAAUUAUUGCCUCUGGGAAGACUGGAGUCCUGCUAGCUCUUUGUCAAGUUUGCAAACGUCUCUCUGUUAAACAGGCAGAAUUCAUUCGACACCUCAUGAACGCUCUCAACUGCUAUGAGCCAGCAGACAGAAGAUCAAUGUUUGUGCCUCUAGCCUUACGACUGUGCACCUAUGAAGAUUACAAACAGAAGGAUGAGACUACAGCCACAGCCAUUGGAAAGGAUGGAGUGAAGAAGUCUUUUAUCAAUUUACAUGGUUCCAUAAUCGUCCAAACUCUCCUUACAUAUAAGAAACCUAUCAGUAUAGUCAACAGUGUUCUAGAAAUGCCGACAUCCGAGUUAAAGUCUUUAGCAUGUGAUUUGCGGGGCAGUUAUGUCAUAACUGCUUUUGUUGAGAGUGAAUUUGUUGGUGAGAAGAGCAGGGAGCGACUACUUCAUAGAUUUCGUGGGUCAUAUGUUGAAAUGGCCUGCAGUAAAAAAGGAUCAUAUGCACUGGAGUGCAUUUAUAAAAAGGCAUCCUUAGGAAAUCAAAUGAAAAUAUUGGAGGAACUAUCGCACAGAGAGUCCCUCAUAAUGGCAACAGAUCCAGGCAAGAUAUUAGCUAACAAGUUCUCUCUGGAUUUAUUCCGUCAUCGAAGAAAUGAAUGGAAACAAAUGCAAACUCGGCAGGACCGCACGAAAGAACUUUUUGCAGACAUAAUAGGACCCUCAACAUCCUGAAAAUUGGAUUAAUUUCAAUGGAAUACAACAUCAAAUAAAAAUUAUAACAUAUCAA